AUGGAAAUAAUAGCAUAUUACGGUUACCCAGCCGAAUUAGUCGAUGUUAAAACAGAUGAUGGAUACUUCCUGCAAAUGCAUCGUAUUCCGCAUGGCAAAAACGGUUGGUUAUGCUUGACAUUGUACAAAUUCUGA